AUGACGGCCGCCAAGAACAUUCAUCAACGCCGGGCCAGCCCCAAUGAACAGCGAACCAUCAGCCGCGAGGAUCUGGGCCACUAUUACGCCGUCAUCGUUGGAGCAGUGUACGAAUUGAAAGGAGAACUCAACAUCAGAGCUCCCGAGACGUUUUACCCAGCCCUCUCACAGUGCGUACAGCAGGAGCCUUGGCUGUGCGUUGUCGUUGGCGACGAGCAUACAGAGAAGGCAUUCUUCGAGCGGGUUCCGACAUUGAACUUCAAGAAUCAUAUCACCGUUCUCGGUCCCUCCGAAAAGGACAGGGAUGAUCUGACUCUCAUACAAGAGACACUCGAGGCCGAUGUUGACCGUCCCUUUACCAAAGGAUGCCCACCCUGGAGAGUUAUAAUCCAACCCCUAGAAGCGGAAAAUCAAUUUUUUGCCGUCUUUUCCUUCUCUCAUACCAUUGGCGAUGGCAUGACUGGGCCCAUCUUUCAUCGGACGUUUGGACGCGGCCUGAAUGAAACGACGGCUAGAACCAAGCUGGUAGAAUACCAGAUUGCAAAGAGCUGCACGAAACCUCUCCCCGGCCCAUUCGAUACCCCCGAGAGACUCCCUGUGUCUUGGUCCUUCCUUCUUGGCCCGAUGUUCAACGAGAUCUUCCCGAAAUUCAUCCUUGACCUCUUGGGAUUGAAGGCAAGCAUCACUCGCAACGAUGAGGGGACAUGGACAGCCACUCCUAUAUUCUUCGACGCCAAAACAUACAAGUCUCAAGUAAGGGUCGUGGAGAUUGAACGUGAAGUUGUCGAGAGAGCUGUCCGCGCCACCAGGGAACGCGACGCCAAACUGACCGGUGUGAUUAAUCCCCUGGUAGCCCGAGCACUCAGCAAAUUGCUGCCAGACAAGCACAUCACCAACUUCGUCUGCCAGACAGCGAUAAACAUGCGCAGAUCCGUUGGGGUCCCUGCCGAUGAGAUGGGCGAGUUCGCCUCAGGAUGCUACUCUAAGACGGCGCGCUCCGAGGCCGAGGGCCCGUUGACCCCAGCAGAGUGGGCAAACGCAAAGGAGAUCACUGAACAGUUCGCUCUUAACGCGUCGGAGCUAAAGGAUCACGCAAUUGCCCUGCUUCGCUAUGCCCCAAACAUUCGGCAGUGGAUGGCGAGCAAGGUUGGCAAGCCGAGAGACUGUUCCAUUGAGUUGAGCAAUCUGGGGUUGAUUGAUGCCGAUGCGGCGGCAGGCUCAAACGUAGUCAUCAAGAAGAUGGUCUUCACUCAGCCUGGGCAUGUCGCCGGACCGCCUUUUACGGUAAACACUGUGACACUGAAGGGUGGGAGUUUGAUGGUUACUAUGACCUGGCAAACGGGGGCGUUGGGGAUUGAAGGCGAUGAAGGGGCAUUCAUGGAUGAAGUGUGCGCUACCCUGAAAUCAGGGUUCGAGUUAUUGUAA